CAUCAGUGAGGGACGGAAGUAUGCCAUUCUCAUUCUUGGGCAGUGGUGGCUUAUUAUGGCUUCAGAUGAUGACGUUAAUCUUUUAGUUACUGUGGUGGAUGUGAACCCAAUAUGGUGGGGGAAGCAAGCACUCAAUCAAUCAGCUGUAACACUUCCAAAAUGCAUGGAUGCGGUUAUGGUGAUGGGCAAUUCCCAUUUGUUUAUGGGACGUAGCAACAAGCUUGCUGUGAUCGCCAGUCAUUUACAAGAAAGCCGCCUCCUUUUUCCAGGCAAACAGUGGAAGAGUGGAGACUUGUCUGGGGAGUCCUCCAUUUGGGAAUCAAAUGUAUCCGGAAGUAAGGAUGGCAAAUAUGAAUUGUUGACAGCAGCCAAUGACAUGAUUGCUGAAGAUAUCAAAGAUCUUAUGACCAAAAGCACUGAAGUGAAAGGACAGCGGACAGAUACUAUGCUGGCGGGAUCUUUAGCAAAAGCCCUUUGCUACAUUAACCGAAUAAAUAAAGAAGCCAAAGUUGGACAAGAAGUCAAAUCCAGGAUACUGGUUAUUAAGGCAGCAGAAGACAGUGCACUACAAUAUAUGAACUUUAUGAAUGUCAUAUUUGCUGCCCAGAAACAGAACAUCCUUAUUGACGCUUGUGUACUGGACACAGACUCGGGACUCUUGCAGCAGGCUUGUGACAUAACAGGAGGAAUAUAUCUGAAGAUACCUCAAGUUAACUCACUGUUGCAGUACUUGUUGUGGGUUUUCCUUCCAGAUCCAGAUCAAAGGACUCAGCUGAACCUACCCCCUCCGGUUCAUGUGGAUUACCGUGCAGCAUGCUUCUGCCAUAGGAACCUGAUUGAAAUUGGCUAUGUUUGUUCUGUUUGUUUAUCCAUAUUCUGCAACUUCAGUCCCAUCUGUACUACUUGCGAGACGGCAUUUAAGAUCUCUUUACCUCCAGUCAUGAAGGCAAAAAAGAAGAAAUUAAAAUCUAUGUUUUAGAGGCAGGACUUGUUUCUGCACAGACGACCAGCGAGGUUUACAUGGACUCCUCAGUGAUCAUAAAUAAUUACCACCAUAUCAUAAAUUUGGAGAGAAGCAUCAGACAGCUAACAAGCUUUCAUUCUGUUGCCAGAAGGACAACAUGGCAACUGAAACUCAACAAUCAGAGGAGCACAUGCAAGGUGUGAUAUUUCUGCACCACC